AUGUCUAAUCGCCAUCAGCAACAGAUCUCCAUCACGCCAUGUUAUCAAGACCUACCCAAUGGAGAUUUCUGUGGAGUGAAAAUUACAGAUAGAACGAAACAAAUGUGCGAUUCAUGUUACAGACGUAUGAAAACGUCCAAACCCGCACUUUACCAAUGCCCAUUAUGGUACGAAGGAGUUCAAUGUCCCGAAUUCUAUCAGGGGCAUGGUGGAGUGUGCCACCCAUGCUUUGAGCAUGGAUGGAAGUCCAUCAAUGAUUUUGUUAAUAUGCAACAAGAAGACAUGUGGGAUCGAUGGAUUCCAGAACAUAUGCGUGUACAUCUUGAAUCACAAGCUGCUCUAGCUACUAAUGAUCCUCAACCAUCGACUUCUGGACGACAAGGAGACAUGCAACUUCAAGAAUUCUCAACAUAUGAACAUUACACAUCUGGAGCACAAGCUUCUUCGGCUUAUAAUAAUCCUCAAUCACCAACUUCUGGGCAACAACGAGGCGAAGUAUCAGUUGCGCAAUACGACGAUACAGCAGUAAAUCGUGACUUUAAGAUCAGUAAGACCCACAAAAGCAAUGAUACAAAGCUCAAAUGCGCUCAAGCUUUGAAAUUCCGGAUAGACGCUCACAACAAAAGAAGAGGAAUCAUUCGUUGUGAGGAACUAGCUACAGGCACCAAUGGCUAUUGUAACAACCCAACGCACCGCUGGGAAAAUAGCCCCAUUGGAUUACGCCCAAUAAAAUUGGAGGAUAAAGUGGAUGCAUGCCAACAACGCAUGAAGGGUAAAAACAACCGCACCACGUAUUGUAAGAGCGAAAUUGUUCCGGGCGAACGCUUUUGUCGUGAUAUAGCUCACUGCGAGGAAAACAAGGACAUACCGCAGCUACUAAUUACAGAUCGUGGCAAACGGCCACGCCGAGAGUGA